AUCAGCACUGAUUAAACAGAUAUUUGACAGAGCCCUCCUGUCUAAUCUGAGCAUCCCAAAUCAGGAAGCUGUCAUUUGGCUCCAGAAGAGAAUAAGACCUCUGGUAGACAACCUUUCAGAGAGCUUUGUGUCUCCAUUUUUCAACUUCCUCAACAAAACAGACUGCAAUGUCACUCAAACCGCCCUGGGGCUCUUAGAUGUUGUUCGACCUACAUUACCCACAAACACCAAAAAUGCAAUCUACAAUAGCAUUCUUCAAUCCUUCAUGGGACCACAGCCUCUGAGGUGCUACAGAAACAACAGCUUCAUCAAGUUCUUAAAUGAAAGCCUGUACGGCUUUGGGCCGCUUCCAGAUCUGACCACCUUCCUCUCUCUGAUACCACCACCACGGAUAUCUGAGCUUGUAAACUCUAUUGCUCCUUUUGAGCUGGGAAGCUACUUGAGACAGCCGGAAGUGGUGAAAAACAAUUCACAAAUCUGCGUGAUCUUCAACAACUUUACCAAAACCCCCGAGUUCUUGGAUACGGAAGAUGUUCCAGAUAAUGUGAAAAGUGCCAUCCUUCCCUGCGUCUGGCGCCUGGCGUUGACUAGUGACAAUGAGACCGAGGUUGAUCUGUGGUUUAACCGUAGACUCAAGCUCUACUUGAAGUUCCUGAACAAAGAUCUAAUAGGGUCAAAAGACACACUGAGCGCAUCUUGCCAAUCAUACAAGAAAAUGGUCAAUGUCUUAGGCAAAGAUUUCAGCUUUAAUGGUUCUCAGAUUACCACUGACGAUGUGUAUGGCACCAUCAAGACAUAUCUGAAAACAGACUCUCAAGCAAAAUGCUACAACUCCUCUGACGCAAGAUUGAAUUCAACUGCGUGGUUUGUCAACAACAUUGGUGUAUUCAUAACUUUAUUGACUCUGGACGAUCUCUACUCUUUCGGCCCUCAGACAACGAUGCAACUCUUCGCUGUGAAUCCUGAUAACAUAAAGCUGUUCAAUCAAAAGGCACUUCCGAAGAAAGUCCUCAGCCGCUACACAGAGCUCAUCUUUCUACAAAACAGUGACUUUAAUCUAUUUGACUUGCCUUCGUUUUUGCAGUGUGAUGCACCAGUAUCGACAUUCUCUAAACUAAAUGAAAAUCAAACUAAUGUCAUUCUUGGAAACUUCAAGACAUCUUGCUCCGGUGUGGAUCCUGCGAUAUCUGCUACCCUUGCAAAAAACAUCAAGACCAUUGAUGUUAGCGCUAUUAUCAAUUUGGGAAGCCAAAUUGUUGGCCUAACAACUACACAAAUAAAUUUAGCACCUCCAUCGGUUCUCAUCAGUAGUCUUUCAACGCUGGGCAGUACAGCUGGAUGGUCCUUCGGACAAGCCCAGGCAAUCGUACAAGUGCUUCUCAGUGGAGAUUUCAAGUUAAACACUGGCAGCAGUUUGAUAAGUCUUGGAUCAUUGAUUGGAGGGAUUCCUUCAACAGUCCUGACAACCAUUAGUCCGGCACAAAUUCUUGAAACAACCAGAAACACAGAAUUUGUGAAAAACAUACUGGCUGCCCCAGAGAUUGUUCAAACGACCUUUGUGAGACAGUUAAUCAAAGUGGAAUCAACAGUAUCUGCUUUAAUGACAAACAUUCCCAGUGACUUGGCCGUUCAAAUUCCAAGAAAGUUCCUGCAGAUUAACACCAAUUUAGACACAGCAGUUCUGAUGGAGUUUAACAAAAAAAAGUGGAAACCUGAACAGGCGGUUCUUUUCUUCGAUUCAGUGGUAAAUGUUUUUGCCCAGCCUGAUGACCUGUCUGUGGAAGUUUUGCAAGGAUUUACUUGCACACGAGUGCAGACAUACACCCAAAUCAAAGUCAAAGGCCUGAUCAAAGCCUGUCGAAGGAGACCGAACAGAUCUAAAGUGAUCCUGAGCGAGACUCAGCUGACUUGCAUGUACAACAUUAUUAGAAAGGAAUCACCUUUCGAUUUUGAAAACUAUCAUUCAGAUAUGUUGCUGUACUUCAAUUAUGAAACAAUCAACAAAACCCUCUGCAAGGCAUACUUUACUCAAGUCGGAGCAGCAGAUCUCUCAGUCUUUUCAGGCACAUUGAGAGGAAGAAGGGACAUUUUGUUGAAUAAUGCUAUAGAUUGCUUGGGCAUUAAUAGAACAAGCAUCAGUAAACAGGAUCUGGCGGUGCUGGGCAACUUGGCAUGUGCUGUGAGCGGUGAUGUCAUCAGAAACUCAGACCCAGAAAUCCUUGAGAACUUGAAGAACUGCAAAGACCUCUCAGAUUCGCAAAUAUCAGCCAUGCAAGAUCUUCUCAUGAAGGGAACGUCAAAAUAUGGAGCAACAAGCAACUGGAAUCAGAAAACACUUGAUGAUCUGGGAAUACUGCCUUUGUACUUCUCACAAAGCUUUUGGGGAUCAUUCAAAGAGAGUGAUUUAGCCAAGUUCUUCAAAACCUUCCUUAAAAUGCUGCGUGAACAAAACACACCAAAGCCACAACUGAAAAAGCUGUUUAAAGCAAUCAUUAUAAUUCCAACCAGAGCCAAGAGGGCUGGGUUCCAAGCGAGUGAAUGUACUAAGGGCAACAUCACUAGUGUUGCCAUCAGCGAUGAUGCCUUCCCCUUUGGAUAUGAUGCGACACAGUUCGGUAACUGUCUGAGUUCAACCGUGGUGCUGGAGAACCUCGCUAGCCUGUGUGAUAAAAUUGACAACAGCGACUUUCAGAGAAUCAUUUUGGACAAACUCAAAGAGAUACUGCCAAACGGCCUUUCAGAAGAUAAGGUCCAGGUACUGAAGUCCGUGUCCAGGAAUGCGACGGAGGAUGAAAUAAGUAAAUGGAACAUCACUAAACCCGACACACUGGCAGCGCUCAUGAAUGCUAAUGAUGGCGAAUGGUCCGCUGCACAGAGCAAACUAAUCAUUACCAAAUACCUAAGCGCCAACAACACUUUGACCGCCACUGAGCUGAAUCUAGUGAAAGGACCAAAUCUCUGCUCUCUGAAUGUCAGCACAUUGUCAACAAUAUCACCUGAUAGUUUGAGGGAGAGCAGUGCCUUGGAUGUGUCAACAUGUUCAUCUGAGAACAAGAAGGCACUCUUCACCAUCGCUAACAAAGCAUUUCCCAUGUCCUCCACAACCGAUAAUCGCACCAUCCUGUCAGCCUUCCAGCUCAUUGACGCCUAUCUCGGAGGUGCAGAUCUAGGCUACAUUAGGAAUCUGUCAUCAUACAAUGUCAGCAUGAGCCUGACCACUUUCAUAAGUCUGGAUGCAAGCGUGAUCGCGAGCCUCAGCAUAUCAGAAGUAGUGGGUCUUCUUGGUAACAAUUUGCAGGAUCUAAAAACAUUUGAAAACCAAACAGUCGUGCGAAGCUGGAUCUCGCUGCAGUUACAGUCAGAGCUGGAUAAACUCAAUCUCAAUCUGUCUGGAGGAAAAUUAACAGCAGACACAACAACUGCUGCCCCGUCUACCACUGUAACAACUAAGGCUACCACUGUCAAAAACACUGCAAGCUCUCCAGGAAUUGGACCCGGUGGAUGGACAGUUUUCUUCAGCAUUUUAAUACUUUAUCUAACUUACCAUCAUCAAGGUGGAGAUUACAUAUAGCAGCACUGAACCCGAAUUAGCCACACUGUAAUCUUACCAAGAUGAUACAUCUGUGAGACUCUGUAGAUGAAGGAAUACAGCAUAUUAGUCCACUUAAUCUUUUUUCAUAAUCACACAUUUUCUUUGUCAUCCUAUUGUUCAUCGAUUCAGAUUUUUUCUUAAGUGUACAUGACAAAUUGUCAAAAAGGAAUGUUCCACUACUAAUCAGAACAGAGGAUAUGUAGCACUUUUUUUUUUGUCUAAAUACUUGUAUAACUGUCUCCAACUAUAAAACUGCUAUCUUUAAUUGUUUCAGACAUUUAGAAUCAUUAUAUGAAUUCCUUGUGCUGUUCUUGAAUAUGGCAUAAAAAUGUAUUUUGUUCUAUGACUGG